GCUGGAGGAGCUGAAGAACACACACCUGAGGAACAUGGCCGACCUGGAGAGGAUGUACAUCAGCCAGGGCAGAGAGGAGGAGGAGGGGGGGGGAGGUCUGGUCAGAGGGAGAAACAGAGAGGCCCGACUGUCUGUCAGGUCAGAUAUGAUCCAUUCAAGGAUCCGUGUGAUUCAUUCAUAAACACAAGCAGGGAAAUGAGAAUGCUCCGAUGGAAAGAUGUUGAUGUCAAACGGCUUUUCCACGUGUCUGUGUUUCAAGAUUUAAAUGUCCCAUAUUCUCACAUUUCUGGUGUUUUAUUUGAAGUUUUGAUCCUUAAGAAGAUGAACAUCUCCAUAUGGUUUAAUACCACGGGCUUAGAGCGGCUCAGCUUCUGCCCUGGAGCAACUAUCUCCUGCUCCCAACUACCAACAUUCAUCGGUACCCGGUGGCGGCGGCGGCCCGCGAGGCGGAAGACGCCAGAGCGAUCUGCUGAGUCCGCCGACCGUUACCGGUUACCGAUGAAUUUUGCAAAGGUAAAAUAAUUCAGAGUUAGUUCUGGUCUCUUGUAUUAAUAUCCUUAUGAAUCCUGUGCAAUGAUGUCGCUUCCUGAUUUUUCUCAUGUUGUUGAUCGCUCAUCAUAUUUCUGGGGCAUUGUAAAAAAAAAAGCAGAAUGUAAACUGUGUAUUUGUCUGUUUAUUGACCGUUUUGACACUUUGACGGAGCUUACAGACCCUCGACCCUAUUUGUUAUGAAAAAAGACAGGAAAUCUUGAUUUUGACAAUAUGGUCCUUCUAAAAAUCAACAUUUCUAAGCACCACACUGUAUUAUUAUCAGCAAAACUCUAACAAGGUUAAACAUGAAAACCUUGUUUCAACAGGAUGUAAAGAUCAGUCAAUCUGUCACAGACAUAGGUUCAUAUAUAUGUAUAUAUAAAAGAAGUUUUACUUUUCAUGCAGUUCCUGUUCAGUUGUCCAAACAGACGCAGGUCAGACGCAGCAGCUGCCCGGCGAGAACUCUCCAGAGGAUCAAUUCUCAGGAGGCGCUGGACUUCCAUGAGACGUCGAGUGGUUCUGACCAAUCAGAGCUCUGUGGAGAGGACGGCAUGGUGGAGCUGGAGCUGGACAACCCAAGGAGCUUUGCGAGAGAAAUCCUGCUGAGCCCAGAGGAAAUGACGACCAAGAAGCAGUUCAGGUUCCAGCCUGCGGCCUUGGGUCUGAAACCGCGGGGGCGACUGUCCUGUCGAGCUGGGGUCAGAGUCCGGUCCAGCUCUAAGGUCACCGUGCCCAAACCCUUCCAGAUGAUGCUGAGGGAGGAGGAGAGGAAGAGGCACAAGGUGCGGACGCGCUCGGAGAUCGAGCUGGAGAACACGCUCCUGAAACGGGAGCUGGAGGAGCUCCGGGAAUGCCAGAAAAAGUUCCGGGCGUCGCCUGCACCGGCGCACAUACACCUGCCUCUCUACGAAAUCAUCAGCCGUCGCCCCAGUCAGGGCCCCAGUCAGGGCCCCAGUCAGGCCCCCAGUCAGCGCCCCAGUCAGGGCCCCAGUCAGGCCCCCAGUCAGGGCCCCAGUCAGCGGCCCAGUCAGCGGCCCAGUCAGGGCCCCAGUCAGCGCCCCAGUCAGGGCCCCAGUCAGGGCCCCAGUCAGCGGCCCAGUCAGGGCCCCAGUCAGGGCCCCAGUCAGCGGCCCAGUCAGGGCAGAAGUUAUAGUUGUAACCACGACUCCAACGUCUACCAGGCCUCUGCUGCAAUCUCGCCGGAGCCUUUCCAUUUCCUGGAGAGAGAGAGGAGGAAGAGGGAGGCGAAGAUUGUGGCAGAGCUCGGGAACGUUGGUCAGAAAGAGGAGCGACAGGCCUUCAGGGCCAGGCCCGUGCCCAGCUCGGUGUACGGCACCAAACACAGGGCCGGCUCCAAGACCUCAAAGCUCACACAGCAGAAGGAGGCCACCGAGGGCCAGAGCGAUCCAAACUCCGAACAGGAGCCGGACUCUUCCCCUGACUCCUGUGGGCCUCAGAGGAGUCUGUCCUCCAAGCCAGCGAAGAAGCAGAUCGAGCUUUCCAUCGAGAUGGUGAAGGAGAGCGAUCGGUCCUACACUGGUGACCUCUGCUCACCUCGGCUGCCUGACGACGGUGACUGCAUCAGUUUGUGAGGGACAGAGUUCGUUCAUCAAGGAAAGAUACAACUAGGCUGUUCAGUGGUAGAUGUUCACAGUGUCAUUUCUGUCCUGUAAUCUACAUCAAGCAGCACAACUCUGUUCAAGUAAAACACACACACGGUUCAGGGUAAUAACAAGGUAUGUUGGUGUUUUUUAAUAAUAUAUUAUUAAAGCUAUUUUUUGAAGCUCUUGUAGGUUCUGUGUGUAACCAAAGUGACUUUUCCUCACAAAUGUUUUGAGGAAAAGGCAUCAGGCAUUGGAUCUUUGAAUAACCACAUGACCUGGAUGGAUGAGGAUCACCAGAGACUCAUGGACGCAUAUGGAACCUUCUUCUUUAUCAUAUCACAUCACCAGAGGACGCCCAUGUUGUCCCUGGUCCUCAAGGAGACCCCCUCUCAAAGACAUUGCUCCAUGAAGCUACCGGUGUUUAAAAACGACCUAGGGCAACUUGAAUGUCUCUCUCUCUCUCUCUCACACACACACACACACACACACA